GCGCUGUCAGGCAAAACAAAGAUGGCGGGAGUCACUUCAGACGCAGGAACCGCUGCUACCUGUAUAGAAUAAGCUGUCAAUAGACAGAACAGACAACUGUGACACACAUUUUCGGCUUCCAACAGACUGACAUCGAAUUGCAUUAUAAAACGGAAGUGCGAGAAAACAAAUCAAAAUGCCCUCGCCCAAAGCUAAGAGUACUGGACGCAGCAGCGGCUCUCCCGGCGGCGGCGGUGGCAACGGACGUUAUGAAUUCAUGUCUCUAAACCGCCGCACACCACCGCAUAUGUUGCAGCGGCAGGGCUCCGACCCGACAGCGGCUCGACUACGGGCAUCCGAGAGCCCGACUCGACGUCGAGGUUCCGGAUCCUCCACCUCGUCCACUGGAGGUGGUCAACAACAGCUCCCAGAAGAGGACUGUAUGCGGCUAAACCCUUCUAUCGUGGGCAUCGCGCUGAGCUCUCUGUUGGCCAUGGACUUGUGGCUCUCCAAGCGCAUGGGAGUGUGCGCCUGCGAGGACUCGUCUUGGGGCAGCAUGCGGCCGCUGAUGAAGCUGAUUGAGAUUUCGGGGCACGGGAUCCCCUGGCUGGCGGGAGCUGCUUACUGCCUGUACAAGAGCGACAGCAUAGCCGGGCAGGAGGUCAUGCUUAACCUGCUUAUGGCUCUGAUCCUGGACCUGCUCCUGGUCGGCCUCCUGAAGGCGUUGGUGCGUCGGCGGCGUCCGGCCCACAACCGCAUGGACAUGUUCGCCACCUUCUCCGUGGACGGCUACUCCUUCCCGUCGGGCCACGCCACGCGCGCCGCCAUGUGCGGCCGCUUCCUAUUGGCCCACCUGGUGCUGGCCCCGCCCCUGCGGGUGCUGGUGCUGCUGUGGGCGGUGCUGGUCGGCUGCUCCCGCGUCCUCCUCGGCCGACAUCACGUGACCGACGUGGCGUUCGGGUUCGCCAUGGGAUACGCCCAGUACGACCUGGUGGAGGCACUGUGGCUCUCGCCCGCCCUGCUGCAAGGCAUGCUGGGACACGUGGCGUAGAGAGGAGGAGGAGAGUGGAGAAGAGGAGAGAAAGAGGAGGAGGAGGAGGAGGAGAGGAGAAGGAGGAGGAGAGAGGAGAGAAGAAGGAGGAGAGAAGAGGAAGGAGAGUGGCUCUCGCCCGCCCUGCUGCAAGGCAUGCUGGGACACGUGGCGUAGAGGAGGAGGAGAGUGGAGAAGAGGAGAGAAAGAGGAGGAGGAGGAGGAGAGUGGAGAAGAGAAGGAGGAGGAGGAGAGAAGAUGAGAAAGGAGAGGAGGAGGAGGAGAGAGAGGAGGAGGAGAGAAGAAGGAGGAGAGAGGAGAACAUUCCAUUGGCUGCCGCCCUGCUGCCACCGAGCUCAUUACAUACUUUUAGAGUAUGCUGGGACACGUGGCGUGAGGAGGAGGAGAGAAGAGAGGAGAAGGAGGAGAGGAGAGAAAGAGGAGAAGGAGAAGAAGAGGAGAAGGAGGGAGGAGAAAGUGAGGAUGGAGGCUUAAGCCAGGCUCAAACUGCACGACUAGCGAUUGUGUGUCCGAUUUUGGCGUCGGGGUGCACCGCACACUAGAAGAGAAUCGCAACUGUCAAUCUUGUCGCUGCUCGCAGCCACCGAGACAAUGCCCGACGUUCUAUUUCCAGUCGCAAAUAUCAAACAGUGUUUGAUUCCUACGACUUGCGAUCGGCGACUCUUUGAGCUGCUACAGUUCCAUCUUAGAACGUCGCCCACAACGAGGAAAUCUUUCCCGACAAUCGCUUGCGAUGGUCCUGCGGGGUAACGUUCCAGCAAUUCUCGUAAGGGGGGUUUUCAGCCGAUAGUCGCGUAGUUUGAGCCAGGCUUUACAAAUGCAAUUACGUAAUUACGUCACUAGUGGUAUGAUAUUACACUACAUGGUUUCAGCUUUGUAAUAUCAUACUGCUUGUGUUGUAAUUACAUUCGUAAGAGUGUUUCUACUUCUACUUCAUAACUCUGGUAGAGUACACUGUGAAAAGAGUGCUGCUGGCAACCACAUUUAAAAAGUUAAGCCAAGCAGACAAAUAUACAGCAAGUUGUGGGUUGUAAAAGUUAUCGAUGUUUUAUAAACAAGUCCUGUGAGAAUCAAACAGAGACGGCUGCAUGGAUCUUUUAAUGGCGACUUUUGCAAACUUAAAAAUGUCAAUAUGUAAUCAUCAUAACACAAGAUUUUUAAGUUAAGAAAAAAGAAGACCCAUGCAGUAAUGCUUCAUCUUUUGAGGAGUUUAAUGUUGGUUCUAUGGUUUACAACACUAUGGUUAUAGUGGCGGAGGAGGUGGCGUAGUCUGUGUAUAUUUAUACUAUGGUUAUAGUGGUGGAGGAGGUGGCGUAGUCUGUGUAUAUUUAUGGGCGCGUGUGAAGAAGAAGAGUUAAAUAAGUUUCUACCUUCCUGACACAGUAAUAAUAAUAACGACUCUUCUAUAUGUCCGAGUCUCACUGCCUGCCACACACACAAUACAUCAUAUCACUCAUCACCAUCAGAGCUGUGCAAUAUAUCCAAUUAAUAUCACGAUAUCAAUAUUGCUGUCAAACGAUAUCAAAUUUCAUAAAAUCAAGUUGAAACUUUUUUUGUCAUUUGUCUACUACACUGCCAAAAGGUAGGCUACGCUACGCUAGGCUACGCUACGCUAUACUACACGCAAUCAUUCCCCUCUACUUGAGCCAGUGCAGUACAGAUUAGACUUGCUACCCAACACUCAUCCAGACCGCCACUGUGUGUUUGUCUAUGGCCCUCCACUCAUGCUGCUGAGGGGAGGGAAGAUUGUGAAUUGUUUGGCACGAUUUCUUUCUUUUUCUUUUUUUUAAGAGUUUUAGAGCUUAAAGACAUUGUGAUAUCAAUAUUGACUGGCAUAAUCAUGACAUUGUGAUAUCAAUAUUGACUGGCAUAAUCAUGACAUUGUGAUAUCAAUAUUGACUGGCAUAAUCAUGAUGUUGUGAUAUCAAUAUUGACUGGCAUAAUCAUGACAUUGUGAUAUCAAUAUUGACUGGCAUAAUCAUGAUGUUGUGAUAUCAAUAUUGACUGGCAUAAUCAUGAUGUUGUGAUAUCAAUAUUGACUGGCAUAAUCAUGACAUUGUGAUAUCAAUAUUGACUGGCAUAAUCAUGACAUUGUGAUAUCAAUAUUGACUGGCAUAAUCAUGACA